AUGUGUAAAAUAUUGAGGGAAGGUUCGAAUAAUUCUCCUACGUCACCACAUACACUAGAUCCAUAUAAUAAGAAACAUUCAAUGAUAAGUAAUGAUAAGAAAAGAAAUACUACUAAUAGGAUAGAGACAACUAGUCCACCUUCGCUGCCGAGAACGGGAAGUAACAAUAAUAUUAAAAAUUUUGUUGAUUUGAAUUCUAAUGAGUACCAUAUUAAUGGAUUGAAAUAUUGUUCAACGGUAACAUCUUUAAUUGACGAUUUUUUAUUAUCUCAACAAUCUACAAAUUUAGUGGCGUCACGAUCACAAGAUACUUCUGAUCAACGAAGUAAUGUAUUGAUAUUUGAUCUUUCACCAAAUGAAUCUGCAAUACCUUCACUUUUUACAGCAUCUUCACCUGCAUCAUCAUUAUCAACUUUAUUAUUUGAUCAUAAUAAAUCUUCAUUAUCUUUAUCAAGACAGAAUUUUUUUAAAUUUCAUUUAAACUUACCAAGUACACUAUUGAAAAGGAAAAAUUUUAAAUUUGAAAAUCUUUUACAAAUUACAUUUAAUGAUGAAAAGAGGAAAAAUUUAUUAAAAUUAAUUGAUAGUUGUGACGUUUUUGUAUUUUUUGAUAAAUUUUCAACUUUAUCAAACUGUUCAUUUCAAACAUUUUCUUUAAUAACAAAAUUUAUUAAAUUUUUAAAAUCGAUUAAUAAAUCGGAUGAUAAUUCUAAAUUAAUUUUAUUAUCAUUAGAUAAAGAAUUAUGUACUCAAUCAAGGGAAUCAAAUAUAAUACCAACUUCAACAGAUUUUAUGAGUUCACAAAUAACAAAUAACAAAUUUAUUAAUAAUUUAAACGCAACAAAAAGAAUGAAAGAUAGACCUGCUUUACAAAAUUUUAAUUUAACUAUAAAAAUUCCAAAAAAUUCAACAAAUGGAAUGUUUGUCCAUUCGAUUAAGAAAGACUCAAUUCAUUAUUCACCGAUGUCAUUAAAAAAAUAUUUUACAUUUAAUAUUCCAAAUGAUAUUCAUUUAAAUGACUCUAUUUUACCUAAAUGGUUAUUCCCUUUCACUGAUAAAAAACAGAAAGAUGAUAUUUUAUUAAUCUUAUUAAAAAAAUUUGAUUUAUUAGAAGAUAUGGAAGUUAAAAGAUUAGCUGAUUGUAUUGAUGAUAGGAAGAAUUUCACUGGUAAUUAUAAUGAAAAUUAUAAAAUUCAAAAUAAUACCCUUAUGGCCAAUGAAAUGGACGAUGAUGAACAAGAUAUUUCAUCAUCGUCAACAUCAAUUACAACAAAUACCCCUGCUACAAGUAACUCUACAGAUUUACAAUCAUCAAGUUCAUAUCAUAAGAUAUAUUCACUAACACAUUUACAAAAUCAAUUCAAGAAACAAAAGAGAGAUUUGUUGAAAAGAAAAUCAACAAAUAAAAUAUCAAGAGCUCCAUCAUUACAUAGAAAAUCUAAUCCAAGACCAGAUACCACGCAAACAACAAUUAUAAAUGGAACUACAGAAUCUAAAACAAAAGGUUUACAAUUACCACCGUUAAUCAUUACAGAUGAUAAUCAACAAGAACCUUCACCAACAUCAUUACCACGACCAAGAUCGAGAACUUUCUCUAACAAUGCUACUUCUGAUUUAUCUGAAAAUAUUCUAAAUAGUAGUAAUAGUGAUACAUUAAUGACCCCAUUAGUUCAUUACGAAGUAUCUCAAGGUAUAGAAUCCUUUAAUAAAAAUAGAUAUUCCAACAUUUUACCAUAUGAACAUUCCAGAGUUAAACUUCAAUAUUCCCCACUAAUAAAUAAUAAUAAUAAUAAUAAUACUGACUUUAAAAGUACAAGUAACAACAAUACAACGAAUAAUAAUUACAGUAAUAAUAUUCAUUCAUCCUCUCAUUUAAAUGAAGAUAACAUCCCAGUUCAUAUUGUACAUACCACACCUUCUAAUUCAUCCUCAUCACGUUCACGGUCAAAUUCAAAUUCUAAUAGGAAAAGAAAAAAUUCCUCAUCUUAUUUUGCACUAAAUAACAUCCCACAAUUCAAUCAAAACUUAAUUGCACCAAGAGAUGCUGUCUCACCAACUUCGUCGUUAUCUUCGUACUCAGCUUCACCAUUAGUAUAUAUUGCAUCUGAAGAUAAUGACUCAUCGAAAGAAAAACUAAUGGAACCGCAGAGUUUAUUAGAUAGCAGAGAUGGGUCACCUGCUGCAAUAAUAGAUACCUCAAGUUCAUUAAAGAAUUUUGAUGAUCAAACUUUACAUACAGUAAAUGUAAAAAAAUCUUCCUUAGAUGAAAAUAAUCAAAAAGGAUUUAAUGAUUAUAUCAAUGCGAAUUAUCUUUCGUUACCUCAAAUCAAUUCAGAUUACGAAUACAUAGCUACUCAGGCCCCUUUACCUUCAACAAUUGACGAUUUUUGGAAAGUUAUUAUGUCUAAUAAAGUUAAAGUUAUCGUAUCAUUGAAUUCUGAUGAUGAGUUACAACAUAAAAAAUGGGAUAUUUAUUGGGGUACGAAAUAUAAUAGAACCACUCAACGAUUUACCGUUAAUAUUGUGAAGGCAAUAGACAAUGUUUAUAAUCUAGAUGGAUGCACUUUAAGAGUCUUCCAAGUAGUUAGAAAUAAUAUAACACCAUCAGAAUAUUGCGUUGUUUAUCAAUUACAAUACUCUAAAUGGUUAGAUUCGUGCAGUGCCGAUAUGGGAGACUUACAAAAAUUAUUUAGGAUUAAAAACCACUUAAUUAGUUCUCCAAUUAAAUUCCUAUCCAAGUUAGAUAUAUCCCUUGAUAUGAUAUCAGAUUUAACCACACUACAGAAAAAUUGUAGUAAUUAUAGAAGGGCCUCAAUUUCUAAGAAUACUCAUAACAAUGUGCCUCUUUUGGUCCAUUGUUCAGCUGGUUGUGGUAGAACAGGUGUAUUUAUUACCCUAGAUUUCCUUGUUAAUAUUCUCACCGCUGGGAAGGAUAAAAAUAACAAGAUUGAUGUAUGGAACAUGGAUCAAGAUCUUAUUUUCAUUGUUAUUAAUGAAUUAAGGAAACAACGUAUUUCAAUGGUUCAAAAUUUAACCCAAUAUAUUUCAUGUUAUGAGUCGAUGUUAAAAUAUUUUUCUAUUCAAAAGAGUAAAAAUGAGAUAAAAGAAUAA